UGCGUAAGCAAGAGAUCAUUAAGAUAACAGAGCAGCUGAUAGAAGCCAUCAACAAUGGAGACUUUGAGGCUUAUACAAAAAUCUGUGAUCCUGGCUUGACCUCAUUUGAACCUGAAGCACUGGGGAACCUGGUUGAAGGAAUGGAUUUCCAUAAAUUUUACUUUGAGAACUUACUGUCGAAGAACAGCAAGCCAAUACACACCACCAUCCUGAACCCCCAUGUCCAUGUCAUUGGUGAAGAUGCUGCCUGCAUCGCAUACAUCCGCCUGACACAGUACAUUGAUGGCCAAGGCCGGCCUCGCACCACGCAGUCUGAAGAGACACGCGUCUGGCACCGCCGAGAUGGCAAGUGGCUGAAUGUCCACUACCACUGCUCUGGAGCUCCUGCAGCACCUCUCCAGUGAAGAUCAAAUACGGCAACUUGUGGAGAUACUCAGCUGGAGGGCAAUAUCUUCUUAGCAAGCAGCUCUGGAGUGCCUGAGUGACAGCAACGGUCAUGUCUGUUUUGACGUUAAAAAAAAAAAAAUACAAAUUACAAACAGGCAGCAGCCAAAUGCACGAAACCCUGCAUGCAUCUGAUGCUCCGGGCGCUGCCUUUCUGUUGUUUUCCAUGGAUCCAUCGUGUCUGUUUCUGCUGUACGAAGGUGUUUUUAAAUCUAAAGAAAAAAAAGACACGUUGUUUGUAUAAAAUAAUAAAAAACAGGAGUAAUGCUAAAUAAAUGACAGAUUAUCCAACGUGCCCCCUCCCCCAGGGCUAAGAAAAUGGCAGCAGCUGGAACAUCUUUCAGAAAUGAAGUGAGGGGGAAAGCAAAAGUGAAGGAGAGAGGAAGAGAGAGGGAGAGCAAAAAAGGAGGCGGCUUGAGCAGCGGAUGGCUGAACUGUGCUCCGCAAAGCCAUGGUGGAAGCUAACAUCGCAUUCAGGCUGUGCUGCGACUUCAAUCGGUGAGAGGUGGCGGGGAGACCCCAGAGGAGCCAGUGUGAAGACUGGGGUUCAAGAGAGACGAGGCGCUUCUCUUCCUGUUGCCUGGCAGACUGACUUCAGCCUGAGUUUCUUUGAUUUUUGCACAGCAAGAACGCUAUGGAAAGCUGGUUGCUCGGCUGCUGGAUCCCGAAACAGACUUUUUUUUUUUUUUUAAAGAAAAAAAACCAAAAUGGGAUGUUGAUUUAAAACUAAAGGUGGAAGUAGGGAUUAAAAAAAUGGGUUUAAGUGAAUAUAACUUAAAUAGAAGCUUGCUCUUCAGAGAUACUGGUUUUAGAAACAGCCA